CAGCUAAAUAGAUGAAUGAGAAAAUCCAGGAACGCUCGGGGCCGGAGAGUUCGGAAGGACAACCAGCCACGCAGACACCGUGCACCCGGACCACGUUUGCGUCCAGGUGAAGCCGCACCCGGCUGGCCUUCUCACAGGCUGGCAGGCUGCUCCCUCCGCCGGCCGGUGACCCCAUCGACCGCCUGCACUGACGUAGUGACGUGCCCGCCCCACCAAUCACUCCUCGGCCUCAUGAAUUCGCUUGCCUUUCCUCGCUGCGGCCCGUCACCGCUGACGCCCGCCUCCACCUCCACCUCCACCUCCGCCCCCGUCACCACUGACGCCCCGCCGGCGCGUAUAAAGAUUCGCCGCCCCCGCCGCGAAGCUCACCGCAUCGCCGCGCAGAAACCCUCCCGAAUCGUCGCCAUGGCAGCCGCCGCACCGGCAAGCUUCGUCAAGGAAGUGCUCCCGUCUCCCCUGACCUCCGUCUCCGAGCCCCCGCCCCUCUUCGACGGCACGACCAGGUUGUAUGUUGCGUACCACUGCCCAUACGCGCAGCGCGCUUGGAUUGCCAGGAACUACAAGGGUUUACAGGACAAGAUCAAGAUAGUUGCAAUCGAUCUUGCUGACAGGCCAGCAUGGUACAAGGAGAAGGUUUAUCCAGAGAACAAGGUGCCUUCCCUAGAGCACAACAACCAGGUGAAAGGAGAGAGCUUGGAUUUGGUUAAGUACAUUGAUAGCAAUUUCGAAGGCCCGUCAUUGCUUCCUGAUGAUCCUGCAAAGAAGCAGUUCGCUGAGGAGCUGCUUGCUUUUACCGAUGCUUUUAACAGAGCACUGUACUCAUCUAUAGUCUCUAAGGAAGAUGUGUCCGAGGAAACUGUUGCUGCUCUGGAUAAAAUAGAAGAGGCCCUGGGGAAAUUUACUGACGGACCAUUCUUCCUCGGCCAGUUCAGUCUGGUGGACAUAGCAUAUGUGCCAUUUAUCGAAAGGUUUCAGAUAUUCUUUCAAAACAUCAAGAAUUACGACAUCACAAAGGGCAGACCCGACCUUCAGAGGUUCAUUGAGGAAGUGAACAAGAUUGAUGCGUACACACAGACUAAACAGGACCCACAGUUUUUGCUUGAGCACACAAAGAAGCGGCUUGGGAUUGCAUGAAGCUUGUGACCAAGGAUGAAAAUCUCACCAGGGGGCUACCUGUAUAAGACUGCAUUGUUUGCAAGAAUGGCCUUCUAUGCGCUAUGCUGGUCGUGCUUUUGAAAUAAACUAGUUAUCCUGGAUUAUAGCUUUUGUAGUGCAUCGACGUCAUUAUGUGCAGGGUGCUCUGUUAAAUGUGCAGGGUCCUCUCAUAGUCUCAUAUUAAUAUUAUCCCUGUGGUAUUCUUGUAGUAUGGUACUUUUGCGAAAGUGUGAUCAGACAAAUAAAUAAGAGCAUAUCCAAGAGUUUUCUGUUUCU